AUGUUGGUGACUGGGAAGGGACACGUUUUACAAUGUUGCGAUGGGCGAAGAGUGCUUCUGGACCUGCCGCUGGCCCCCCCAAUCUCAGGCACCCCUGCAACCAACCUGGAAGAAGGAUGUGAGCAAAGCGGGGCGCCGCUUCUCGGCCCAGAUGUGGCCGGGCAGGAUCUGCAUGACCCAGCUGAGCACGUGGAUGAGGAUGGCCCAGGCCCACGCAUUUGGCACACGGGUGCGGAACGCCACCGCCCCUGCCCAGGCGGGGAGGCCGACGCACAGGCUCCAGCUCAGGCCGGCAAAGGCAUCCAGGACGGUGUAGUAGGUUCCAUACAGGGCGGUGAUGACGAAGGCCCCGUUGAAUGA